AUGCUGUGAUGAUUAAACACCUUGGGAAAGCAAACCGUAUUGAUGCAGCCAUUGAACUGUUUGGAGAAAUGCAACAGCGAGGCUGCAUCCCUGAUUUGUAUUCCUACAAUGCAUUAAUGUCUGGCCUGGUCAGGGCAGAUUUUGAGUCCAUAUUGUUGCGUCUCUGCAUGAGACAAUGUUUGGUUUCUCCUAUGGAGAGGUGCUGCUACUUUUGGGAGCAACUGUUGCUGUUAUUGGGCCAAAAGAUGUACCGAGGAUUGCUAGAGCGGUUGGCAGGUUAGCUGGUAAAGCAAUAGGCUAUGUCCAAAGUGCUUGAGGACAGAUGGACACUGUCUUGCAUCAAUCUCAAGCUACUCAGGUUGAAGAAAGGUUGAACAAAAUUUGGCUUCCAAGAUCAAAGAGGAGGAGUUGAAGACUGAUUUUAGAAGCUUCAACAAGUGUUGCAGCAUCAUUUCCAUACAUUUUCAAGCUUCCAUUGGCUGCAAGAGGAACUAGAAUGGCAUCUACAUCUUCCUCCAUUGGCAAUGAACAAAUAAUUGCAAAACAAAGAAAUGAUCCAAAUUCUCCCUUAUGGAAAUAUGUGGACAUUAUAAAACAACUUCCGGGAGGUGGGGGAUUCCGUUGGAAAUGCCAUGGAUGUGAUAUUGAACGUAAUAGUUCAUAUUAUCGAGUGGUAGGCCAUUUGUGUGGAAUAAAAGGAAGAGGCAUCAAAAAAUGCCCUAGAAAAAAUGGUAAACCUAUACCAGAUGAGAUAGUGAUGAAAUAUAUUAGGGAGCAUGAGGCGGCAGAAGAGAGGGAAGCCCGUAGAUUGAACCAAACCGCAUCAAAGAAAACAAGGGGAAUGCAAGGCCCUUCUAAUCCCAGUAUUGUAGUAGAAGACCACCCCUUCUUUGCCACAAAUGAACUUCAAAGUGAACCACCCUUGACACGUAAAAGAACAAAGGGGCCUUUAGAAACCGCAUUCCAAAAUGAGAGUAGAGACAAUGCUGAUCAAGAUAUAGUAAGGUGCAUUUAUGCAAAUGGGUUGUCAUUCAAUGUUGUUCGCUCCCUAUAUUGGAAGCAAAUGAUAAAAAGUGUUAAUGAGGCACCAAGAGGGUAUAAGGGCCCCGGUUAUGAGAAGGUACGUGGAACAUUAUUGGAGAAAGAGGUGAAGAGGGUUGAAGAUGCAUUGAAACCCAUAAGGGAUUCAUGGGUUGAGACAGGUGUAACAAUUGUUUCAGAUGGGUGGAAAGAUGCUAAAAACCGUCCCUUGAUCAAUGUCAUAGCGGUGUCCCCUAAAGGGGCAAUGUUUUUGAGAGCUGUGGAUUGUGAGGGCCAAAUAAAAGAUGGCCAAUUUAUUGCAGAAAUUCUCAUCUUUGCCAUUGAGUCUGUGGGACCCCGCAAUGUUGUCCAAGUCAUAACGAACAAUGCAAAAAAUUGUAGAGCUGCUGGUUUGUUGGUUGAGCAACGUUAUGAUCACAUCUUUUUGACACCUUGUGUGGUACAUUCACUCAAUCUUAUGCUACAAAGGAUUGGGCAAAAAAUAAAAUGGAUCAGAGAUGUGUAUGCAGAGGCUGAGGACAUCCAGAUGUUUAUCACAAACCACCACAUGUCUCAAGGGAUUUUUAGAACCUAUUCGAAUUUGGAGCUAUUGAAGGUUGCUGAGACCCGUUUUGCAUCAAACACAAUCGUCUUAAGACGACUUGUGAAAGUUAGAGUGGCACUAUGCAAUAUGGUGAUCAGCACCAAUUGGACUGUAUGGAAGCAAAGUAGCACUGAGAGGGCAGAAAAAAUUAGGGAUAGAAUAUUGAAUGAGAAAUGGUGGGAUCUUGUUACAUAUCUCCUAAGUAUCACUGAGCCCAUCAUGAGCAUGAUUCGCUAUACAGACAUGGAUAGGCCUUGCAUAGGUGAGAUUUAUGAUGGCAUUGAUUCAAUGCUUGAAAAAAUAAAGGUCACUAUAAAUGAAAAGGAGAAUGAUCCUUAGGAGAAAUUCUUCAAAGAACUGGAAGUAAUUAUUGUAGAGAGGUGGAAUAAGAUGACCAGUCCUUUGCACCUUCUUGCCUAUGCCUUGACACCUAAGUACUAUAGCAAUCAGUUUCUUGAUAAACCAGGAAGGAUUCCACCAUGGAGAGAUCUAGAAGUAUCUGAUGGGUAUAAGGCAACAUUUCUUAGACUAUAUCCCGAUGAUGAUUUGCGAGAUGUUAUUACAAAUGAGUUCAUAGAAUUCGCAAAUGGGAAUGGUCUAAGUGUUGAUGCACUUCGUCAUAGAUCCAAGAAAGAUGCUCAUAGCUGGUGGUACUUCCAUGGCACAUGCUUCCAACACCUACAACCCCUCGCUAUAAAAGUUUUAUCACAAGUUGCUAGUUCAUCUGCUUCAGAAAGAAAUUGGAGCACAUACUCUUUCAUCCACUCAGUAAAGCGCAAUAGGCUGCUAUCAAAAAGAGCGGAGAAUUUAGUAUAUGUGCAUUCCAACCUACGUCUUCUUUCACACAAACAACAUGACUACACACAAGGGGAAACAAAGAUGUGGGAUAUAGAGCCAGAGCAUACUGAUUUGGAUGCUCCUGCUUCUCAGCUUCUUGCAUUGACACAUGAUGACUCGGAAAUUGAGCCAACUUAUAGUGCAAGUGCAAGUAGCAUUGGCUCAUGUAAUGUCAAUGUCAAUGAGGAGGAGGAGGAGGAGGAGGAUGAAGAAUUAGAUGAUCCAUUUGAUGAUUAAACUUUAAGUUUAUAUUGUUGAAAGUUGAAACAAUGAUACUUGAAUAUUUUGUCAUUUUGAUAUUAAACUUGAUGUAUAUGAUGCUAUUAUCAAUUAUGGUAUGAUCA